CGCAGACUUAACUUAUCACUCAUGUUUCUUUUAUUUCCACUUUUAUUUGGAAAUUCAUGAACACAGUUGUGUUUUUCAUUUGUAAGUUAUAUUGCCAGAAAUAUUGGAGGCUAAUAAAACCACUGUGCAGAUCAGGGGUUUGUUGAAAAGGGACUUUUUGUCCUUUCAUUGGUUUCUAAGACGCUCUUCUGCAACUUGUUCUUCAAGUUGAGGCUUGCAGAGAAACAGAAAGCUGUCAGGCGGAUGGAAACGGGAUUUCAGAUCAAGUGACGGAAAGUUGGCAGUGAGGUGAGGCGACCUGCCCUGUAGAACCCGGCUGCUAAAAGGCAGGUCUUCGUCUGAAUGCAAGCACACCUGCAGUCAAAAAGCUUAACCAGACCCGCCCAAGGAGGAGGGCAUCUCAGAGUUUGUUUACCUGGAUCCCAUGAAGUUGGAUUGGUGCCCAUCAGAAGUCGGAUCUCCGAAGCAGUCGCUCCCUGGUUUUCCUCCUGUUUGCUGCCGGACUCUGGAACACGUUCUUCUGAUUCAGCCUCAGUGGGAGUCGUCUCUUCAAGACGUCUUGGCGGACUGGACUCUCUACAGCAGGCCCUGCGGGUGGAGUGGAGUGAAACCUAAGUGGUGAGCUGCUUUCCCCCGGGACGGCGGGGCGUACGAGCCAGAUUGAGGCCAGAUGUUGCAGACGCAGGAGCGAGCCAGCGGGACCGCGAUCCAUUUAUAGGCUCAGGCCGCUUUGCUGCAAAACAAUAUAUUGAUAACAACGACCAGAGUUUCUCUGGAUGCCAAACGUAACGUGAGGGAUGGAUUUACAGUACAGCCUGUGCUCAUUUCUGAAAUAUUUGCAGCCUUUGGGUUUUUACUGCACUCAAAUGUGGUUUAAAACAGUUUGUUCCAAAGUUGAUAUUUUCUCACCCAUUAAAUAACAGCAGAGACUUGGGAUUCUGGUUAUUGUAGUUAACUAAAACUAACAAAAUAACAAAAACUGGAAUUCAGAAAACAUUUUUGUUAGCUUAAAUAAAUAAAAACACUGAUUAAUUAAGAAAGCCUAUAAUUAACUGGAACUAUACUAAAAUUCUGGAUAUAAUAUCCUUUGUUUUUGUGUUUAUGAAUUUAUUUAUUAGCCUUUUGAACUGAUGUGAAAUAGGUUAGCAGUUUACUUUAGCUGUCUGCAAAUUGCGGCUACAAGAUUGCGUCAGCAUCAGUUGGUUGUUCCAUAAUUUGAAUCUAUUUUUUAAAAAAUAGCAUCUUCUGUUGAGUAUUAAUCACCAAAGUGAUGUAUGCAUAAUCACAAUACUUUGACCUUUUGAAAUUAUGAACACUAAACUGACUAACUAAACAACAUCUGACGAAUAAUUACUAAGAAAAACUAGAAAAGCACUCUAAAAACUAAAACUUACUGAAUUAGACAAACAAAAAAUCACAACAAAAUAAAACUAAACAGUAAUGAAAAAUUGAGCCCCAACAACCUUUAAGCAAUCACAAUGGUUUUUAAUUUAUUGUAGUAAUUAUGGUAGGUGCACCAAUGUGAAAGUUUGGGUUAAUAUAACUCUCUGAUAUUAAUACUACCAAUAUGGCAGACAACAAUAACAAUGAAAAUGGGAAAGUACAGAGAAAGGUCAAGAUACUAUUAGAUAAGUGAUAAACUGUGUAAGGAACAAUUAAAUGGCUCGGUUUGAACAGUUUUUAGAAAUAACAAACCCAUAAACGUGAAUCAAAGGGAAGCAGAUUUCUGGAAAAAAAAAUCUUUAGUUAGAUUAUGGAGACACUCCAGAUGGUGCUAAUAAUCCUCUGCUGUUUGUCGAUGAGCUUGUUUUACACGUGGUGUUUUGUUGACUUCUGUCUGUCCUGAAAACAACACUUGAGUUUGUUUUUUUGUGGUUUCAGUUCAAUAAACUGAGUUAAUGGAUUUCCCCAACUUUUAUUUUCAUUCCAGAACCUGACUCUGUGUUUUCUGUUUGUCUUCAAGAGGCGGAGGAAGUAUGUCUGCUCUGUUUGAUACAGUGGAGUCACCCAUGGUUCCAUUUUCUCCCAGACUUCUGAUGGGACAAACUCUGAAAAGAUGGCACAUCAUUCCUGCCCCUGUUGGCCUUCAAACAGUGUUAGCACAGGGUGUAUAUUUUGUUUUGGCUCCAGCCUGUAUCUGUAAUAUUCUGACUCACGGUGCUGACUGCUCUAGAUCAUCUGGUAGAGCCCCACUAAUGUGGUUCUAAAUCUUCGACAGGCCUUAAAGGUGACCCAUGUGGUCCGGGCCCCUCGGGUUGGGGAACUCCCUGCUUCAAGAGGUCAGAGAGAAAAACAGUGUCUUCCCUUAAAUCAGUGCAGUUUCAGUAUUUAAAGUGUUGAAAAGCUGAAAUCACUCCAGGUUGGACAGCUAAGUUUUACUGUUGUGAAGUUGUUAGUUCAGAUUUUAUCUGCAAAGUUUCAAAUCUGAAAACUUGAGGGAUUCAUUUAUUUUUGCCAUUUAAACACAAAUUUAUCACAUUCAUUAAAAUGUUGUAAAGAACUAAAUCUGUGAUGAAUUUAGGAAACCCAAACUAUGAGAAGUUCAAAUAAACAGGUUUUACAAGCAUGGCAGACGUAUUGGACUUUGAAAUCAGGGCUUUGUUUGGAACCGUUUUCCAGUUUUAACUCUGAAAAGUACUGGGAUUUGCUUCUUGUUUUGCUAAUUAUUGUUAGCAACACAUGCUGAAAACAGUCUUGGCAAGUUGAUACGUUCUAUUUCAAUCAAAAAUAAUAAACAGCUUACUAGUGGAGAUAUUGGUAGUUUUUUAUAGACGCUGCAACCAAAUAUGACAAUUUUUCAAGCCAGAACUACAGUUUAUUCAGGAAACACCUCACACCGACAUAGAUUUGGUAAUUAUUUUUGCUCAGUGGCCAGGCUAACUAGCAUUAGCAACACAACCAAAUAAUGUAAUUAUGUAAUAUUGUUUUUAACAUGUCAAACAGCAAAUAAAACUUAAUUUACAUUGCCACACACUACUGCAGAAGCUAACAUCCUGUCUUCCUUAUCGCUUGAGGCUACAGCCAAUCAGAGCUAAGGGUGAAAAAAAGAGCUCCAGGAUUGGCUGCUAAUCAGGUAGCAUUGAAUCUGUUACAUUUUUCUUUAGAAUAUUUUAGAUAUUGUCACCUUCCAAAAAUAAUGUUCAGUCAUUUUUUUUGCUAAAUAUUUUUUUUUUUUUACCUAAAUAAUCUUGGACAGUUUUCUACACUUCAUUUGAAUCCUGAAGGAAUAUGUUCAUUAACAGAAGUUGUCAAAAACUCAGUAAGUGACCAAGAACUAUGAAAAGGUCAACUGAGCUCCUUAACUGCGUAGUUGCGGUUGCCAUAUUGGAUUUUGUGCAGCACAGCUAACACUAGCAUAGCAAAGCUAAUGCUAGCUGUGCUAAUGCUAGCUUUUACGUAAACGGCAACCGCAAAUACAUUAUUAAAAGAAUUUGUCGAAACUUAUUUUUUUUACUUUAAAGUAAAAAAGAAAGUCUACAUAUUUUUGUGAGUAUUUGUGUAAAGUUACAGUUAAACUUCUUUGUUUUUCGGUCGACAUUUCCCGCCUCAUGUAGCCAACUGAACCCAGAAAGUUCUCCUCGCCUGGUUCUAUACUUGUGAUCCGUGGGCUUAAAUAUUUGGCGUUAAAAUAGAAGUUAUGCAGGUGCCAUUCUUCUGGGUUUUAUUGUGUCGGAGUUGUUUUUUGUAGAUGUGUAGAUAUGAACCUCACAAUAAACUAUAGAAAGUCAUCUGUGUUUUCUCAGCGCAGAAAUGAAACAAUAAUCUCUCCUUGCAGGAGAAACUCAAACAGGGAGCAGCUUUUUACUCUCCGGUCCCGCCUCCGCCUCUUCCUCCUCCUCCUCCUCUUCCUCCUGUGUGCAGGAAUGGGGAGGGCAAGAAGUUAAAAAGAGUCCACCUCUGAGCCAUUGUUCUAGUUCUGGAGCUCUGGAGACGGGUCGGGACGCGGCUGCUGCGCUGCUGGUACCGGACGGCGGUCUGUCGUUAUGACGGGCUCCGGUCCGAAGCUGGGCGUCCUGCUGCUUGUGGCGGUUCUGCUGCAGACGGUGGUCGUUACCAUCACGGUGCUGCACUUCACCUCGGCUCUGAACUCGAUGAAAGAGACGUUCGCCAGGAGCAGCGUUUCCUGUCUGACAGGCUCUGACCUGCAGAGCAUCACUGCUGUACGAGGAGAUCCAUGCUGGCAGGUGACCCAGCAGCUUCACCUGCUCAUCGAAAAGUCUCUGUCUCAGCGCUACCAGAGGCGGAUUUCAUCAGCCGUGAGAGAUGAAGUGUCCCGUGUUUUGCCCUCACUAGUGAUGGAGGACAGGGCUUCACCUCGCCCCAAAGUUGCCGCUCAUGUCACGGGAAGUUUUGUGCCCAAACUGGAGCGAGACGGAGGAGAUGCAGUUCCUGCAGGGCGACGCGUUCAGGGCCAGAAGAUUUCUUGGUGGGAGGGUCAGAAGGGGCUGGCCUUCCUGCAGGACGUCCAGCUGCUGGAUGGGGAGCUGGUGGUGUCGCAGCCUGGCCUCUACUACGUCUACGCCCAGACGUACUUCAGGCACACCCACUCCCUGGAGGAGAAUGGCGAGGAGGCGGAGGAUCGGGGGAAACCCCUGCUGCAGUACGUCUACAAAAAGGUGAACUCCUACCCGGUUCCCAUCCUGCUGAUGAAGACCAGCCGGACCUCCUGCUGGUCCCGCGGUUCCGACUUCUCUCUGCACUCCGCCCACCAGGGGGGGCUGUUCCCGCUCACCACCGGCGACCGCCUGUUCGUGACUGUGACCAACGCCUCUGCUGUGGACAUGGACGAGAAGAGCAGCUUCUUCGGAGCGUUUCUCAUCAGUUAGAGGGCCGAUCGACGCCGAUCGACGCCGAUCGAGGUUUUGUUAAAAUCGAUCAAACUGCUGCAAGCGUCAGACUCUCCUGAGGAAAUUCCUCUUUUGUCUUACGGGAUCAAAAACUGAACAAAACUUUGAUGACACUGGUUGGCAGAAGAGACCAAACACGAUAGUUUGGAUUGUG